AAAAAAGGGGAGAGAGCAAGAGAGAAGAGAGAGAGAGAGAGAGAGGUAAAGCAAAGAGUGAGCGAGCUACACAGCCACACAGACGGAGAGAGAGAGAGGAGAGUUAAUGGAGAGAAGCUCUACAACUGCGCACAAACACAGAUUUGAUCAGUGAGUUUAACUUGCUGGUGCUGGUCAGUGUGCAGUGAAGCCGACUGCUGCAAACAAGCCUCGAUCAAAACCUCCUCUACUCACAUUUUUUCUUUACUACUAUAAGAGGAAGAAGUUCAGGAGCUCUGCGUGGGACUGGAUUCCAUUUUGGACGUUUAUUUAUAUGACAACACCUUUUGUUGCAUUUUGCAAUGUGGGGUGAUCGGAAGAAGCAAGCGCGGAACCUGUGGAUUUAACCAAAAAAAAAUUUGGAUUUGUGGACAGAUUAUUUCUUGUGACUUGUUUGCUUCGGCUUUGCAUGAACUGAAUUUACUAAAAAAAAGAAACAAAAAAGGAAAGAAAGCGAUGGAAGUAAGUGCGGAUCAGCCACGAUGGAUGAGCCAUCACCCAUCGGUGUUGAACGAGCAGCAUCCCGGCUCACAUCACCCGGGCCUCGGCCACUCAUACAUGGACCCUUCGCAGUAUCAGCUCGCUGACGAUGUGGAUGUACUCUUUAAUAUCGACGCACAGGGCAACCACGUCUCUCCAUACUAUGGAAACUCAGUCCGAGCCGUCCAGAGGUACCCUCCUCCUCCACACAGUAGCCAGGUGUGCCGUCCCUCAUUACUGCACGGUUCUCUGCCCUGGCUGGAGGGCAGCAAAGGCAUCGCCCCUCAUCACAGCACUUCUCCCUGGAACCUGAGCCCCUUUCCCAAGAACCCCUUGCACCACGGCUCCCCAACCAGCCUGUCCGUCUACCCCUCGGCAUCCUCCUCCUCCCUGUCCACAGGUCACUCCAGUUCACACCUCUUCACUUUCCCCCCAACCCCACCUAAAGAUGUGUCCCCUGACCCGGGCAUAUCCACCCCGGGCACCAGCUCUGGCCGCCAGGAGGAUAAAGAGUGCAUAAAGUACCAGGUGACCCUGGCCGAGAGUAUGAAACUGGAGUCUGCAGCUCACAGCCGGAGCGUGGCAUCAAUCGGAGCAGGGUCAUCCUCUCACCACCAUCACCCCAUCGCCACAUACCCAUCCUAUGUGCCCGAAUACGGCCCAGGCCUCUUCCCACCAAGUAGCCUGAUAGGUGGGUCAUCUUCUAGUUAUGGUUCCAAAACAAGACCAAAAGCAAGGUCCUGUUCAGAAGGUAGAGAGUGUGUGAACUGUGGAGCCACGUCUACUCCGCUGUGGAGGCGGGAUGGUACGGGUCACUAUCUGUGUAACGCCUGCGGACUCUAUCACAAGAUGAACGGGCAGAAUCGCCCUCUCAUCAAACCCAAGCGGCGGCUGUCUGCAGCCAGACGUGCAGGGACGUCGUGCGCAAACUGCCAGACGACAACGACGACGCUGUGGCGGAGAAACGCCAACGGGGACCCGGUGUGUAACGCCUGCGGACUCUACUAUAAACUGCACAAUAUCAACCGACCUCUGACCAUGAAGAAGGAAGGCAUCCAGACCAGGAACCGGAAGAUGUCCAGCAAGUCCAAGAAGAGCAAAAAGUCCCAGGACGGCAUGGACGACUUCUCCAAGAGCCUGAUGGACAAGAGCAGCUCCUUCAGCCCGGCCGCCCUGUCCCGCCACAUGUCCUCCUUCCCUCCCUUCUCGCACUCCGGCCACAUGCUGAGCACCCCCACACCCAUGCACCCUUCCUUCGCCCCCCACCACCCUUCCAGUAUGGUCACAGCCAUGGGUUAGACCUCGCUGUGCUGCGCCACCCCUGAAACCCUCGGCCUCGCCACCACCAACCACGUCCCUCGGUACCUCUGCUUCCAUUACCUAAAAGACAAACUGCUCCUCGGCCCGCCCUAAAGCCCCCACCACCACCGAGCUGCGGUGCGAGAACGGCUUUACGGCUCCUUUGUCCUCAGUUGUAUCUUAUUUUUAUAAAAGUGUACCUCUGCGAUGUGAAUGCUUUGCAGACUUGACUGUGGCGCACUGACCUCCAGGGGGAAGAUUUCCUCCAAACCAGGGAGAGAAAGCACAUUUUUCUCCCCAAGACGUACGCCGCCGCUGCCGCCGCGACAACCACCACCACAUUGAGGCUGUCCUCCCAGCUUGAUCCACAUGAUAAGGAGCUCCAUUUGUGUACAAAAAGCCAUUUUCACAUCACAAAAACAGACAUUAAAAAAAACUUUUACAACGACCUCUCCCUAGAUUUCCAAACCCGCCUCUCUCUCUCCACUUUGCACCUGUGUAACAGGAAACCCCCCGCUCCCCCUACUUCUUCUUCUUCUUGCUGGAGAUGACAGACGUUGAAUAUAUUUGUACAAAUUGUAUGAAAUACAGUACAUUUAAUGAAGACUUUUUAAUUUAGUAAGAAAAAAAAUGCCCCAGGGCAGCUAAACGACGAGAAAGGGUACGAGUCGCAGCAGUUGGAGAGACUUGCCGCCAGACGAGUGAGGAGAGGACGCGAGGAAAGGAGGGAGGAGGAGAUGAGGAGACGAGACUCUUGAGAAAAGGGCAGGCCUCGGUUUUCGCCUGAACUGUGUUGCAUUAAGUUUGCAGAGAGUCGGCUGCUCCGGCUGCAGGCGCCUCUCUUCUUUUUUGUUUUUUUUGUUUUUGGAUGUGCUAUAGGUCUCGGGCAAUUGGUUUGUGUUGACGCGCGCACGUAUACACACACACACCCACAUGAACACACAGACACUCACACACACACAUGCACACACACAUUCGAUCACCUUGAAAGACUUUCUUCCUGCCCACAGAUUAUAUGCAUUGUGAAAAAAGUUCCUGUAUUUGUUAUUUGUAUGUAUAAAUCAGAGUACCAAAAAUACGAAAUAAACAAAGAUGUAGAAUUAUUUCUUUAUGUUAUGCAGACUGAAUGGUUGUAAAAAUUUAAUAAUAAUCACUAGUGUAAAAUAUGACUGCUUUUUUGUUUCGUAAUUUUUUUUCCCUCUUUGAAAAUAAUAAACUAGUUUAAUCUCUGUUGACAUGUUA